AUGCGCUGUCCCAAACCGUCGUCGAUCGUCAUGUCUUUUCUCGCCUGGGCGCAUCGCUCGGUGAAUCCGCGUCGCCUCAUCGCCUCGCUCGUCCCCGCGUCGUCCGCCGUGGAUCGCGCGCCUCCGUCGUGCGAAGCCCUUAUACCGAGAAAGCUGUGUCCGCCGGAAGCAAGUCCGCGCGCCCUUGCCGCCGCGCAACGCGGCGUGGGCAGCGGCGCGCGUGAAUCGGGUGAUCCGGCGGAGCCCUGCCAGCGCUGGCCCUCCCGCGAGCCGGGCUCCGCACGCGAUGCUGCGCGCGCCGAGACGCACGCGGCGAGUGAAACGAGCGGCGGAGGCGACGCUACUAAAGGCGCGGGGUGGCGGGGCAUGGCUGCGGACGGGGCGGCGGAGCGCAUGGGCCGUGGCGGGGAGGUGGGGGGCGGCGCUUGGGCGCGGGUGGCACGCAGUGGACAGGCGGCGGUCAGCAGCAUGGUGCACGCGGGAGGAGGGUGGGGAGGUGCACGACCGCCACGUCGCUUUCUGUGCUCCGCGCCUUCCCUCGCCGCCGCUGCUGCUGUGGCUGGCAGUAGCGGCGGCAGCAGUGGCAGUAUGGAGAUCUUCAACCGCCGGCUGAAGGCGAUGCAGGUGAUGAUGAGUGCAUGGGGUGAAUGGGGUGCAACGAGCCAUCCGUCGCUCCCAUGCCGCCCAGCUGCACGUGUGGUCACCCACGAAUGUGCUGCUGCGCUCACUCCCACCGCCCGUCUGCUGCGCUCACUCCCACCGCCCGUCUGCUGCGCUCACUCCCACCGCCCGUCUGCUGCGCCUCUGCCCGUCAUUGCCCACCUCGUGUUGCAGCGUGACAGAGCAGCGGCUGACAUGACAUCGCCUGAUAACGAGGUGCCACGUGGCGAUCCCUUAGUGGAGCAAGUGGCGUCCGUCCUCCUGGACCGCCUGGCAGUGAGGAUCUCUCCCUUCCCUCCCUACCACUCUCUGUCACACGUACUGGAUGUGCUUUGCUGCAUGUGUCAUGCGGCAUGUAUUACCUUACCACUCAUGUGCCAUGAUGCCAGGACAGCAGCCCAUGAUAGACCCGCCAUGGCCAGCAUGCCUCACAGCUGCAGCUGCAGCAUCGGCAUCAGCGCUGCUCGUGCCGCAGUCCCCACACCACACGCACUGCUUCCUCCUCUUCCAUGUCCUCUCCUCCUGCCCUCUCUCGCGACUCACCAGCCUCGCGCCCACCUCCCCCACUCCCCCCCUCGCGCUCUCUGCUCCGCAUCUGCACUUCCUCCUCGCAGUCUUCUGCUGCUCACAACCACCACAGCAGCUGCUCAUCCCCCUCUUUCUCAGGCCCCCAUGUCCCGCCCAUCCUCCCCACCAAUCCGCGACCCCUCGCCUCCGCAGGACUGUCGCCGCACCUUCUCCUGCGUGCUGCUGCUGGGCGGGGCUGCGCUGCCCUCUGUGCUCACCACGCUGCUGCGCACCCACCGUACAUGCACCGACCAUGGGUCACUUGCUCUUUCUCAGCAUCCCAUUUCUCCGUGGCACAUCCUCGUCCGCCCAUUCACGCAUCCCCUCUCUGCCUCGCCAUCCCCCCUCCGCACAGCAGCUGUGCAGCGAGUGGUGGUGGUGGACGUGUCUCCCACGGCCCUCGCACUGGCGCGCGCCCACCUGCCUGCCCACGCCGUCUGCUGCAAUCACGCCCCCACUGCCACCGAUCACACCUGGACUCCGCACCACACUGAACACCCAGCAGCAGCGUCAACAGUACGCGCAGCAGCAUCAGCAUCAGAGGCGGCAGCAGCAGCGAGGGUGCAGGUGGCGUUUGUGCUGGCAGACGAGGAGCACCUGCCCUUCCACUCCAGGUCACCCCCUGCCACGCCUCCUCCGUCAAUAAAAAGUCUCUACUGCAGCAGCAGCCGGCACCCAAAGCAGCUCUGCCAUCCACUCUUCUCUUUUCUCUCAUCUGUCGUGCGUCUCAAACCCCCACCCCUCCUCGUGCCAUGCAGCUCGUUUGACGCGGUGAUAUCAUGUGUGGGGCUGCACUGGGUCAACGACCUGCCCGCCGCCAUGGCGCACAUCAGCACCCCUUCUACCGAAGCAUGUAGCCCUCCCCACCCUCCUUACUCGUUGCCUCCUCUGCACCCGUCUGCCCGCCCCCCUGUGGCCACCAGGAGGGCGUUGAAGCCCGAUGGGCUCUUCCUCGCGGCCAUGCUGGGCGGCGACACCCUCCGGGAGCUGCGCAUAGCAUGCACGUUGGCUCACAUGGAGAGGCAGGGCGGUGUGGCGGCUCGAGUCGCCCCCAUGGCUCAGGUGCGAGAUGCGGGCAAUCUGCUAACCAAAGCCGGUUUCGCGCUGCCCACGGUCGAUGUCGACGAAUUCCCCGUCGCCUACCCUUCAGGUGCUCUCGCCUACCCUUCAGGUGCUCUCGCCUACCCCUCAGGUGCUCUCGCCUACCCCUCAGGUGCUCUCGCCUACCCCUCAGGUGCUCUCGCCUACCCCUCAGGUGCUCUCGCCUACCCCUCAGGUGCUCUCGCCUACCCCUCAGGUGCUCUCGCCUACCCCUCAGGUGCUCUCGCCUACCCCUCAGGUGCUCUCGCCUACCCCUCAAGUGCUCUCGCCUACCCCUCAGGUGCUCUCGCCUACCCCUCAGGUGCUCUCGCCUACCCCUCAGGUGCUCUCGCCUACCCCUCAGGUGCUCUCGCCUACCCCUCAGGUGCUCUCGCCUACCCCUCAGGUGCUCUCGCCUACCCCUCAAGUGCUCUCACCUACCCCUCAGGUGCUCUCGCCUACCCCUCGGGUGCUCUCGCCUACCCCUCAGGUGCUUCCGCGUACCCCCUUAGGUGCUCUCUGGCUUGA